GUUUAAGGUUAGUUCACACCUAAUGUCAUACAAUAUACCAAAAUCGGUGAAACACCUGCUUCACCCCAUUUUAUAUUUAGUUUAAUGGCACCACUUCGCCUUGGUGGAAGUAAGAGGACAUAUGCGGAGUAUGCAGAGCCAAAUCCAGCAACGGAUUGCUUAAAGUUGUUCGAUGAUGUUGACGAUUCUCGAGGUCUACCUCAGACUUGGACUAUAAUUGUAAGGAUAGAUGUUAAAUUCCCUAUGGAGCCUAGGUAUCAUGAUAAGCAACACUUCAUCCUUGUCGACACCACUGGUUCCAAAAUUGAAGCAAUUUCAUAUGGCAAUAACGUCCAUCGAUUUGACACACUACUUCAGCAAGGAUGCAAGUACAUUUUGAAAGAUGUAGUUUUUGGGCCAAACUGGGGGGACCUUGAAUUCAGAAAUAUUGGGCAUCGGUUUGAGGUGACAUUGACCAGAAAAACUCGUGUUGAGCCAUACACCUUCCGACUUCAGUUCCCUCCCUGCCCAAAGCAUCUUAUGCCAUUUCAUGAAGUGAUCCGACAACCCAACAAGACAUUUGUAGAUGUUAUGGGAAUAGUUGUCCAUAUGGAGCCAUUGGAGCAUGUGGGCAACAGGCUAUAUAGAGAGGUUGUGUUAAUGGAUGCAAGGUGGCACCUUAUUAUUGUUGGGAUUUGGAGUGACCUCUUCUGCCGGAAUUUUCAACGAUGGUACAAAGCUAGAGAUGAAAAGGAAAUUAUAAUUGCCACUAUGCUGCGACGAAACUCUACACACAGAUGCUUGGAGAGCUCAGACCACACAUCACUGGACUUCAACCCAAGACAUCACACAUGGCAUCAACUAGCAACUGUUCGGCGAAUAAUGAUGGAAAGGCAGAAUCUUCGCUUCGUUAACAGAUAUCUUGAAGCAAGAUGGGCAUACUUGGCGACCGUGUUACCACACUGAUCGAUCUGGGAAUCAAGGAAAAUUAGAUGUAGGGUCAUUAGGAAGUGUUUCUAGAUUGUUUGUCACUAGACUAUUUAUCACUGCUAUGUUUUCGAAAUUUGUAUUAAUGUUACCAGAAGCAGACUGCAUUUCCAAUACAUUCAUGGUUGUGCUAUUCAAAAGUGUUUAGUUGAGUGGACAAUA